CUAGUUCAAAGAAAUCUAGCCACACAUAUGUUUAUGUUCUCAACAGCCAUGAAAAAUAAAUCCCAGUAGAAAAUCAUAGUAAAAAAAAUCAGAAACAACAAAACCCAAACAAUGGAGAAUUGCAGUUUGCCGAAUGGUGUGCUGUUGUCCGGAAGCAAGGCUGGCGGAGAAGAAGCAAGACUGGUUGGUGUUGAACAGAGGCUGGGCGGCUUCUUUUCUUCCUCCAAUGUGCAGAGCAAUUUCACGUGGCUGUGGGGCUUCCUCCCAAUUAUGCUGGGUGGCAGCUUUUCCUCCAAUGUGCAGAGAAAUCUUGCGCAGCUGUCCUCUUCUCAAUUCUGCCGACUAGCAUAUAUAUAUAUAUAUAUAUAUUAAGAAAUUAGAAACCCUUCU